CACCAAAGCUCCGCACACCAACUCUCCACCCGCCAAACGACACAAUGCGGUGGUUACAGCUCCUUACAGCCUCGCUGCUGCCCUUUACAGCUCUGGCUGCCAAGAAAUCGACCGGCGACCGCUUCACUGACGCCCGCGCCAAGUCGCUUUCCGUUGGCCAUCCGCUCAAGCUCGACGACGCCGGUUACGCGCAAUUAACAAAGUCUCCGAGAGAUUAUGGAGUUGCUGUGCUUUUGACUGCGCUGGAGCCGAGGUUCGGAUGCAUGCUCUGCAGGGACUUCCAGCCAGAAUGGGAUUUGCUGGGCAAGAGCUGGAUGAAGGGUGACAAAGACGGAAAGACGAGAUUGGUCUUUGGUACUCUGGACUUUGUUGAUGGAAAGAACACUUUCCAAUCGAUGAUGCUCCAAACCGCACCUGUCUUACUCUACUUCCACCCAACCGUCGGCGCAAACGCAAAAGUCGACUCCGCACCCGUCCGCUUCGACUUCACCGCCGGCCCCCAAAAGGCCGAGCAGAUCCACGCUUGGAUCUCGCGCCAGAUUCCAUCUGAUGUCCCUAUACCCUCCGUCUCCCGUCCCAUCGACUGGGUCUUCUACAUCUCCGCAACCGUGAUCGUUCUCGGCGGCAUCACGGCAAUCUCAGUCGCCUGGCCAUACGUCAUUCCAAUCCUCCAGAACCGCAACCUUUGGGCCGCCGUUAGCCUCAUCGCCGUGCUUCUCUUCACCAGUGGCCACAUGUUCAACCACAUCAGGAAGACACCGUAUGUCGUCGGUGACGGCAAGGGUGGUAUGAACUACUUCGCCGGAGGCUUCAGCAGCCAGUACGGUCUCGAGUCGCAGAUUGUUGCUGCCAUCUACGGUAUCCUCGCUUUCGCUGCCAUCUCUCUCGCCAUCAAGGUUCCCAGGAUUAAAGAUGCGCGCGCGCAGUCGUUCGCUGUUUUCCUGUGGACCGGUGUCUUGUUCGGCAUGUACAGCUUCCUGCUCAGCGUCUUCCGCAUCAAGAAUGGUGGAUACCCCUUCUAUCUGCCUCCAUUCUAGGUGAAUAGGGAGGGGAAUAGUUGGGAACCCUGAUUUGUGAGGGACACGUGGGAAGGCUGGAUGCUUUCCCAUCUGGAAGAGAGAGAUCAUUUUAGCAUUUGAUAAAAGUCGAGCUCGCAGCUUGAGUGGGAUACAUACUGUAUGAUAACGCUGUUUGGGCAGGCGUUCAUGAUUCAGAUGGCUGCCUAAAAGCAGACUUGUAGACAAUAUCAUGAUUUGACACCUUUGUAAC